AUGGCUCGUCAACAGCGCCUCGGUCGCUCAUGCGACGCCACCGGAUUGACCCGCACCCUCCGCCGUGUGAGACGGAUACGAAGCGCCGCAGCCGCCGGCCAGACUGGAUCAUCCACAAUCCCCAAGGGAGAGGGGGCGGAGCGGCAGACGCGGCGUGAAUGGCGGCGGAAGAAGCGGGUUAGUGGCGGCCCCGGUGACUUCAAACUUCCAUUGCUGACGGAGGCGGCGCCUGUGGCAGUAUCGACGGGGUCGACGUGGAGCCGAGCGGUGCGUCCGACGAUCUGGGAGGCGGCCCAGCAGCGGAAUCCGACCCAGCUGGGGGAGAAUCAAAUCCCAGAAGUGGAGGAAAAUCGAAAGCUUCGAAGCCGCGCUGCACCGACUGUUGCAUCUGGAGCGGGUGUUCGAGCCGGCGCCCCUGCUGUAGCGGCUGUAGCGCCGGUUGUAGCGUCUCCCCUUCGCGGCAAUCCCCAAGGAGAAGCCACUUCCCCAUCCAACUCGCGCGCUACAGAUGUGCUACUAGCCUCCUCGUCGAGAAGGGAAGCUACAUCCGCCGUUUCUGCUGCACUCGCCUCUGGCGCUACAACCAACGCCGACGCUACAUCCGCCCCUCAUGCUACAUCCGCGACUGCUGCUACAGCCGCCCCUCGUGCUACAGCCGAAGCAGCAGCAGCACAUGCUGACUUCAUCAUUCGCGCUGUGGCGCCCUCUGCUGGCGUCGCCCUCUGGGAGGCGCUCAGGCGCGCCACAGAUGCGGCUGCUGCCACGGCUGUAGCCGCCCUGCACACGUGGCAAGCGGAGGACUGCGCUGACGUGGACGAGGGCUGCAGCAGAGAGUUCUGGGCGGCGGUUGUGGCGGAUGACGCAGCAGAGGACGAGGAUUGGAUCCUGGCCGUUGAUUCUCUUGGUUUAUGGUGGCUAUUCGGGCACUCGGGUACCAACAUCGGCGACAAUGAGGCAUUGAAUCUAUCAAAGGAAGAGAUCUCGGACGUUGAUCCAAACAAGGAAUCUAAUCUGGAAACUGUUAAGGAGGGUGUGGAUGUAACUGAAGCAGCUGCGGCUGAGCAGCAGGAGCAGCUGGGACACCAGGAUGGCUGCACGACUGACAUGCACAAGCAUGAGACACCCGAAGGGUGCUAUGCCGUGCGUGUGUUUGUGUCGGAGUUUGAGGCCCGAGCGCCGUUCCUGCACUUCUCUCUCUCGGAACAUGCCGCCCGGGUCGCCUCCUCGCCAAAUGCGGGCGGCGCUUCUGUCAUUUCCGAGUCACUUUCUGUUGAGUACUUCGUGCGUCACUUUGGCGCAACUGACAUUAUCUCAGAGAUGGAGAUCAAGUACUGCGACAGCAACUGGAAGAAGGUGGAUUACAUCUGCAGCUUGUUUGGGCAGCGCUUUGGAGUGUCGGUCACUCGAGCCAUGAUGUACCCCGACCCCGCCCUCUUCGACUGCCACCGCGCCCGCGCCCUGCUCAGGAAGAAACUGCACGGCCUGGUGGUGGCAUGGUCAGGCAUAUCUCCCAUGCACAGCUUUUCUCGCGCUAUCCUUCACAUCUGGUGUGAGACUCCACACAUCGCCGACCUCCUACACCAGGCCUUCCCAUCUGUGUGCAGAGAGCUUGAUCUCCAAGAGGACAUUGGAGCAUUCCAUGUGAAACAGACGAAACUGCCCUCUGCACCUGGGUCCACAUGGGCAAAAAGCACAGAUGUAGGUGAGGAUCCAUAUUAA